GGGGCUGGGGGGACCCGCACCCGGGGCACCCGCACCCGGCCCGGCCCGACCCGCGUGUCCCCGCAGGCUGAUGGCGCAGGGCGCCGACGUGUCGGGGGUGUUCCCGGAGAUGGUGAAGGCGGGCGCGGUGCCGGACGUGGUGCAGAAGAAGCUCGUGUCGCUGUACGUGCGGGCACAGGCCCCGCGGCAGCCGCAGCUGGCGCUGCUCGCCGUCAACUCCCUGCGCAAGGACUGCGCCCACCCGAGCCCGGCCGUGCGGGGGCUCGCCCUGCGGACCAUGUGCGGCCUCAGGAUGCCCGGGAUCCAGGAGUACCUGCAGCAGCCCCUGGUGAACGGGCUGCGGGACAAGGCGUCCUACGUGCGCAGAGCAGCUGUGCUGUGGAAGGGCUGUGCCAGGGGACUGAGAAAUGGUGCACUGGUGAACGAGCUCUACAGUUUGCUUCGUGACCAGGAUCCUAUUGUGGUCGUGAACUGUCUGAGGGCCUUGGAAGAGAUCUUGAAGAAGGAGGGAGGAGUUGUCAUCAACAAACCAAUUGCCCAUCAUCUCCUCAACAGAGAGGACUUGAAGGGACUCUAG